AGGGAUUGGAACCUUUGUUCAAGGCACGCUAGCUAUCUCUAUCUAUCUUAGUGUGCAACCCUGCAUUGCAAUUUGCAUGCCCAGCAACAACAACAUCAUCAUCAAACAACAACAAUGGGAACAGGAGAAAAUGAUGAUUCAAACAAGGUUUAUGCCAAGAACCAGGACCAUGUUGAAGUCCCAGAUACCGCUCAUCAAAUCAGCAGCGAUUCAUGGUUGCAGGUGGCUUUUGUGCUCACCACCGGAGUCAACAGUGCUUAUGUGCUUGGAUAUUCCGGCACCGUCAUGGUUCCGCUGGGUUGGACCGGCGGCGUAGUUGGUCUGCUUCUUGCUUGUGGAAUAUCACUCUAUGCAAAUGUUCUUGUUGCCAGGCUCCAUGAAUAUGGAGGGAAAAGGCACAUUAGAUACAGAGAUCUUGCUGGUUUCAUAUAUGGUAGGAAAGCAUAUUCUCUCACUUGGGCUCUGCAGUAUAUCAAUCUUUUCAUGAUAAAUACUGGCUUCAUCAUUUUGGCUGGUUCAGCCUUGAAAGCUACUUAUGUUCUGUUUAGUGAUGAUGGGAAGAUGACGCUUCCAUAUUGUAUCAUCGUAGCUGGAGUGGUGUGUGCGAUGUUUGCCAUUUGUAUUCCACAUCUUUCAGCUCUUGGAGUUUGGUUGGGAGUUUCAACACUCUUCAGCUUAGCAUAUAUUGUGAUAGCAUUUGUGCUAUCGCUUAAUGAUGGACUAAAAUCACCACCUAGAGAUUACAGCAUUUCAGGAGAUGGUGCAACUAAAGUGUUCACAACAAUUGGAGCAUCUGCAAAUCUCGUUUUCGCAUACAACACUGGCAUGCUUCCUGAGAUACAGGCAACAAUCAGGGAGCCAGUUCAUAAGAACAUGAUGAAAGCUCUUUACUUUCAGUUUACUGUUGGGGUUCUACCAUUGUACCUGGUUGUCUUCACAGGCUACUGGGCCUUUGGAUCUUCUACAUCAGCCUAUUUGUUGAAUAAUGUGUCUGGUCCUGUCUGGGUGAAAGCUGUGGCCAAUAUCACAGCCUUUCUUCAAGCAGUCAUUGCAUUGCAUAUAUUUGCAAGUCCAAUGUAUGAGUACCUGGAUACUAAAUUUGGGAUCAAAGGAAGUGCAAUGAAGGUUAAGAACUUGUCAUUUCGAAUCACGGUGAGAGGUGGCUACCUGGCCUUCAAUACAUUUGUGUCGGCUCUCCUUCCAUUCCUUGGAGACUUCAUGAGCCUCACAGGGGCGAUCAGCACAUUCCCCCUUACAUUUAUCCUUGCAAACCACAUGUAUCUAGAGGCAAAGAAGGACAAACUAACAAACUUCCAAAAGCUCUGGCACUGGAUCAACAUUAUUUUCUUUAGCCUCAUGUCUGUUGCAGCAACAGUUUCAGCGUUGCGGCUGAUUUCUGUAGACUCCAAAACAUACCACAUUUUUGCUGAUUUGUGAUUUAAUUCUUAACAUUCUUUCAGUAAUUGUAACGGUUGUUUUGCGUGCUUUCAUUAGAGAAGGAAUAAAGCUUAGGGUUUUCCCCGCAGAAGUUAGUGUUAAUGUAUUUUGUUGAAAAGA